UGCCUCCUCUUUCGGAUGCCGGACAGCAAACAAGCCUGAAUUCAGACAGGUAGGUGAAGAUGGAGGCGCCCCCCUUGUGGCCCCUUAAAGCAAACUUCUUGGACUGUAUGUUGGUGGAGAGUCGGUCUGACUGUAGACACACACACGGAGAGAAACAACGUGACCACACAGACAACAGAGUCACCGACAGGUUGGACACGGAUGUGCAGUGCAGCUGACCGUGUGCGGAACAAUCCCUCACCUGUUCAUUCCGGUCCUCGUCUCUGAGCCCAUCUUCACCUUAAACUUUCAGCAACCGACAAAGAGCUGGAGCCGAGACGAUCAAGCAUGGAUGUGCCCAGGAUGGCUGAGGGCCUCUUCAGCAGCACGCUGUCCUCGUCAGGGGGCGGCCAUCACGUGCCUUCCUACCUGACGCUGGAGCAGAAGGCCGCCUUCGUCUUCGUGCUGCUGCUCUUCAUCUUCCUGGCCCUGCUCAUCGUGCGCUGUUUCCGCAUCCUGCUGGACCCCUACCGCAGCAUGCCCUCAUCCAACUGGACUGACCACACCGAGAAGGACACGUUUGAUUACCGCAUCGUCUGAGGGUAAUCGAACGUGAAGAAGAUCACAUAAAACAAGACUGUUUGAUGCUGGAAGAGCACUCUGGCCCUCAGAAGAAAUGACUGCUGAUUCACCCGGAGGACGUCUUUCAGAAAAUCUUCUGAAUGUUCAGACUGGAAAAAUGGAUGUCGACGGCGAGUUGUCGUCGAUGUCGGUGCCAGCCAGAGUUCAACAGCUUCUCCCUGCCAAAUCAUCCGAUUUCAACAAGACAACCACCAACUAUGCUAUGAAGAUUAUUGAUCAUACUACCAUCGAUUUCGGUCCGAGUGAUGCACCAGAGCCUUGUGAGGUUCACCCAUGACCCCCCCUCCCCUAACAUCAGUUCUGUUGUGGACUACCUCGUUCCUCCCGCAUCUCAUGUGUGAAAACUCACAUCUCACACAGGGUUGAGUGUCUUUUAAUGAUCUGAAACAGUGUUUACAUCCUUCCACGUUUACGUGCUUAGAUUUUUAUUGAUAAUGUAGACAAUCAGUGUUCAAUAGAGUAACAGAUAGAAAACAGUCCUUUGCUUUCAGCAUAUGUUGUCUUAAGUUGAGGUCCAAAAGACUUUAUAUGACUGAUGAGAUUCAGCCGAAGAGGAAUUUCAUGCCUUAUGUCUUUGUAUGAUAUUCUUUGGUGGUUGUUACCGCAGAGGUUUGUAGGUAAAAACAUGAAGAACAGUCGGGUCAAGGUCGUAAAAAAGCAGGUUAAACAAGAAUGGCACUAAGCAGCGCUCAUACCUCCACCAAGGCCCAAACAAUCUCCUUAGGCCUGAUUUAUACUCUGUUGCUCAACAGAACUUCACUAUAUGAGUCUGCAAAACGUUCCGUUGAUCUUCAAGGUGCUUACACUCCCCUGUAACUGGCCCCUUAAUGGUUGACUCACACAUACGCAGUGGAGGUGUCAACUGAAAUGCUCCUCAUUCACUUUGAAUGAAGGGGCCUUUAGGCAUUGCCAAACUGCAUUUUGGGUCCACAGCAUCGCUUUGCUUGCGUUGCAUGUGGCAGUUGUGUGCAACUCUCUGAACGUCUUGUGCAAAUCUUGAACGAGCCAAUCAAAUUUCACUUUUUGCGCUCAGCCCAAACACUACACAGCCCAAUCGUUGCUCUCGGACAAGGUUGUUCUCCCCUGUUGCUGAAUUUUUGAAGUGAACCCAACAUGGCAGACGUCAUAUCAUAGCAAAAUUAGCAACACUUGCUACAUAGCAGUCAUGACAGACACUGGUCUGCUACCUCCAACACCAUCAUGGAUGCCCACCACCAAGCGUUAGGUUACGUGGUAGUCCACCGGGAUCAGACUACAUGAACUCAAGCCAAUUGUCAAGCGAUUCGGUCGUGACUGACACAUUUGCAGUCAAGUCGAGUCAAGUCAAUUUUAUUUAUAUAGCCUGACAUCACAAACACAAUUUGACAGUAAAGGGCUUUACUGUCAGUACAGCCUCUAUCCUUAGACCCUCACAUCGAGUAAGGAAAAACUCCACAAAAACUGGAA